AUGUUGCUUUACUCUAUCAUAGUUAUGUUGCGAUUUUUAGUCGUCACUUCUAGUCAAAUAGAACCAAAAAUUGUAUCCGGAUAUAAAACUAAAAUAAAAAGCCAUCCGUAUUCAGCAGCUCUUAUAAUAGUACAAGAAUCAUCUGCGCAUAUGUGUGGAGCUUCGAUUGUCAACCAAAAGGUACUUCUAACGGCAGCGCACUGCUUCGACGACGCGCUAAUACAAAAAGUCAAAGGUAGCGCUCAUAUCGGUCACGCGAAUAAGCGCAAAGGACAUGUAAUAAGAAUAUCUAAUCUAAUGAUUCAUCCUAAAUACGACACAGUGGAGAUCACCUGUGAUAUUGCGCUGGCAGGACUAAAAAAGGAAAUUAAAUUUGGCAGUGCUAUUAACAGAGUAGCUUUAGCUCAGCGUCGACCGCGUGCAGGUCCAGCUUUGAUCGCUGGAUGGGGAUUGCUCGAAGAAAAUCCGCAUAGAGAUACUGACUUUUUGCAUGAAACAGGACAAAGAGUUUGGCCAAAAAGGGACUGCGUGAAACUCUUGAUUGAAAUUCCAAAUGGAACAUUUUGCGGCGGUGGUCCUGACGGCGGAUAUCCUUCUAGGGGUGAUUCUGGCAGUCCCCUCAUGGUUAAUGGAUACUUGCAAAUUGGCCUAGUCUCCUUUAAAAAAAUACACUUAUCAAGAUCCGUCAUUGUUUACACGGAUAUUGCAUACUAUUAUAAGUGGAUUACUGAGAAUGCUAGAAAUGUGUUCUGUGGAUAA